AUGGCCAAAUUCAGCGGGAAAAAGUGUCGCCUGUUGACGGUGAUGUCGUUGACGGUGUUUUUCUUCUUUGUCGAAAUCGUCGUCGGUUAUCUGACGAACUCGAUGGCCCUGGUGGCCGACAGUUUUCACAUGUUGGGUGACAUAGCGGCGCUUGUCAUUUCCUUCCUGUCGAUUAAGAUGUCGCCCAAGAAGUGGUCGAAAAACACAUUCGGUUGGGCACGAGCGGAAGUGCUCGGGGCGUUGGUGAAUGCAGUAUUUUUAGUGGCGCUCUGCUUCAGUAUUACCAUCGAGGCGUGCAAGAGAUUCAUCGAGGUGGAACAUAUCCACGAACCGGAGCUGCUGAUCGCGGUCGGUGUGAUCGGAUUGUUGGUGAAUCUGCUUGGACUUUGUCUAUUGCACAAGCAUGGUUCAGGACACAUUGGACAUUCGCACGGGCUGCCGCAGGCAAAGCAGAUAAGCAGUUCGCAUGGCAAUCUGGGCAAUAAUGCGGACGACAACGAAGACAAAUCAUUCAUGUAUCAGCAGAAUGGCACGACGGCGAAAAAACCUUCCCACCAUGGACAUUCGCACGAUUCCUCGCAGAUGAACAUGCGAGGAGCUUUCCUGCACGUGCUGAGCGAUGCACUCGGCAGUGUAGUGGUGAUCAUCAGCGCAGUGAUUGUUAAAUUUACCGAUUGGAAAUACAAAUUGUACAUGGAUCCGGCCCUGUCGGUUCUGCUAGUGGCGCUCAUUCUCAACUCCGUGUGGCCUCUGCUGCGUGAAUCAGCGUUGAUACUGCUACAGACAGUCCCGACCCAUAUACAAGUGGACGCAAUCCAGCGUCGUUUGUUGGAGAAGGUGGACGGUGUGCUGGCGGUGCACGAGUUCCACGUGUGGCAGUUGGCCGGCGACCGGAUCAUUGCAUCGGCACAUAUUCGCUGUCGCAACCUGUCCGAAUACAUGAAGAUCGCCGAACGCGUGAAAGAGUUCUUCCAUAAUGAAGGCAUCCAUUCGACCACGAUACAACCGGAGUUUGUAGAGAUUGAGGCACUCAAUAGCUAUUCAGGUUCGGACGGAUUUUCGAACAGCUUGAAUGGCAGUGCAACCCAGGACUGCUGCGCCCUAGACUGUCCCACAACGGAUGAGAGUAGUUGUAUCAAAGCUACAUGCUGCCAAAACAACAAUAACGUUAAGAAUCAACCAUCAUCACCAACACCUUCCCCAUUCCUAUGCCGCCAAAGAAGUUCCAGAAGCGGGAACGAUGUAGAAUCCGGUUCCCUGCUCGAACAACACAAUCAAACAGCAUCGAACGAUGAUGCGUUGCCAAAAGUUACUGUCUGA